UGCCAUGGUGAUGCUUUAGCAACCAAUCUUGCAGGCGCUCCCUCAGUAUCUCUCCAGAAGCCCUUCAAGAUUAAGAGCUCCUUGUGCUUCCAUCUCUUCCUCUCCCUGUCUCCUUGUCUCUCACUUGCUGUCUCCUGCUGCCUUGGUACUGCCAGCAACCGGCCCUGCUCCAUGCUGCAGCCCUCUUUCCAUGCCCACAGCAGCCUCUCAUCUGGUCGCUGGGGAAAGGGAGGGGAACAGGCAAAGUUGGGUGAUCUGUUUGCCUUUUUCUUCAGCCAGUUCUUCUCCACGCCUCCCUGGCACCAAGACUCUGCUUGCCAGCUGCUCCAGCAUCAGCGGAGAGAUGUACAACCUAGAGAAGGGUUCGUCAGCAUCUACAGAUGCAGCUGGUGGUACAACAACAAAGAAGAGGAGGUCCAGUCUUGGAGCUAAGAUGGUGGCUAUUGUGGGGCUGUCCCAGUGGAGUAAAAGCAGCAUGCAAAUAAACCAGCCAGAUGGUACAACAAAGAAACUGCGAAGUAAUAUUCGGCGCAGCACAGAGACGGGUAUUGCUGUGGAGAUGAGAAAUCGGGUGACUAGACAAGGCAGUCGGGAAUCAACAGAUGGCAGCACAAAUAGUAAUAGCUCUGAUGGCACAUUUAUCUUCCCUACCACACGAUUAGGAGCAGAGAGCCAGUUUAGCAAUUUUCUUGAUGGACUUGGACCAGCACAAAUUGUGGGAAGACAAACUCUUGCAACGCCUCCCAUGGGAGAUGUAAACAUUGGAAUGGUAGACCGGAAUGGACAGCUUGAGGUCGAAGUGAUCCAGGCCAGGGGUCUAACUCCAAAACCAGGUUCUAAGACAAUACCAGCACCAUAUAUUAAGGUGUACCUGAUAGAGAAUGGAGCAUGCUUGUCUAAAAAGAAGACCAGAACAGCUAAGAAAACUUGGGACCCAGUAUAUCAGCAAGUUCUCCAGUUUGAUGAAGGACCUCAGGGGAAGGUACUACAGGUGAUUGUAUGGGGAGACUAUGGCAGGAUGGACCACAAAUACUUUAUGGGAAUGGCACAGAUCCUACUUGAAGAGCUUGAUCUAAGUUCCUGUGUCACAGGCUGGUACAAACUAUUUCCAACUUCAUCACUGGCAGACUCCAGCAUUGCUCCACUCACCAGACGGCUAUCACAAUCCUCGCUGGAGAGCUCCACCAGUCCAUCCUGCACCUAACCUGCAGAGGAAGAAGCAUUUGUUCAAAUUUUCCCUCCUUUUUCUUAAGCCUAACCAAUCACCUUCCUCUUAUGGCACCAGAACCACACCAUAGUCUGGUCAUUCAGGGCUCUGGAAAAGGAGGGAUGCUACUGUGGCUGAGGACCCCGUGCAACAAAACAAUAUAAAGCUGCAAAUUUAAUGCUACUGCAAAAAUUAUGUACAAAAGAUAUAUAACUACAGUUUAUUAUAAUGAAAGACUCAAGAGACUGUUAUACUUAAUACACCGCAUAUCACAGGGGAACCAAACAGGAUGCUAAAUGUAGAAUACCAAAUCCUGAGAACAGCCCUGUGUCACCCCUCUAACCUUGAAAGGCUCAUAAGGGUGACAGACCAGCUGUCUUGGCAACAUUUACCAUGCUGGAAUUAAUGUAUGUUAAUGCACUUCUCCAGCACUAUGUUAUGGUCUACUGUACGACAAAGCACAUACACUAAACAGCACAUAAAUAUCAAGCUAUAGUAAAUGCCCAGAAUAAUAGGUGCCCAUUACAUUACUACCCCACUGCACCAAGCUGUCAAGUUCUUUCCAUUUCCUACUACCUACCCUCCACAGAGAGCUGGAUGCUACAAGGUUGGCAACUGUGAUAUGUAUAUUUACUACAAAGCUAUAUACACUCAUAAGUAUGAAUGCAUUUACAUCUAUCUAUCUAUACUGCAAAUGAUAUUUUUUUAGGUAAAAAUAUUUUUUCUCUACAUUUUUUGUUUAAAAUGGAAUGUAGCAUUUAAACGUGCAAUUUUAUUUCUAAGGUUUUACAAGAAUUGUAAAAGGAGACUUGCUAUUUUCUUGUCUACAUUUUUUUUGCAGCACAAAAAAGAAAAAAAACACACUAUAUAUAUAUAUAUAUAUAUAUAUAUAUAUAUAUAUAUAUAUAUAUAUACACGUGUGUAUUUACAUAUUACUGCAUGUAGCUUUUUUAUAUUCUAGAACAAUUCAUCAAACAUGUUCAUUUUCUUUUAAGUGCUUUAAACAUUUUGCACUUCACUGAACUCUUAAACACGUUAGUGCCAGGAAGACCUGCUGUGCUUCUUUACCACAUCGACGAUGUUCCCUGCAACCUUGGAUGGUUCCCUGCAAACAACCUUGGAUGGUCUAAGAACACAAUGCAAUGUGCCAAUAAGUUGGUAGGAGAUUGCUAGGAUUCGUAGUACUAGCCUGCCUGAUAGAGAGGUCAUCUUCAAGGCACUAUCUGUUUCCAAAAAACACAACAGUUGUCUGCAUUUAUCUUUGUGUGAAGAAUUCAUUUUCCAUAUGCUUCUUUUUAUUAACAUUUAUUGUCAUCCAUGGUAAGCAAUGGACAGUUUCCACCACAUAAAAGCAAAGACAUGGAGAUGCAAGCAUCAUGGAUUCCGGAAUAUUAAAGCAUAUAUGUAGCAUGUGAUCUCGUGUAGCAACUGAUAUAGUUUCUUAGAGAAUGUCUACUGUAACAACUCAGGGCUGAAAAAGACACGGGUCUUUCAUGGAACUGUGACAUUCUCUAAACUGCAACCAUUUAUUACGAUUCCAACACCAUGUCUGCAGCCUGUUCUUCGCCAGGAUGAUCGAUAGCAGUCCCACGUAUUUCUUCAAAAAGCAAUACAUGGACUGAUAAGGGAAAUCUAGAAGCGCUGGAUGAAUUUGUCAAGGUAGUCACAUUGUAAUGCAAGGAAGGAAAAGAUUUUCAUGUGUGUUGCGCUAUAGACACCAAAACACAGUAAGUAUUUCUUGACUUUCAGUGGCAGAUGUAGAAUUGUAUUCCUGUAUUCCGUGUUCACAAUCCAAACCACUAUGGUGUAGACUGAAGUUUCCAUAUCAUUGUAUAACUUUAUAAGAUGACCACCACAAAGAAUUUCGGUUAUUUCACAUUUUACCUGUAGUUAAAGCUACAAAGCUUCAGGUGUUAUUCCAAAUGGCCUGGCCCAAACAGCCUGUGAAUAACAUAGUCAAUGAUCUCCGACAAUUUUCUCUAGUGACCAUCUUACUGUUUACAGAGCACCUGCCACCUCUCUGCUUAUUGUACAUGUUGAAAGAAUUUUUUUCUUUUAUCUUUCUUGAAAUAUCAAGAAAAAAUUGACCAGACAUCAGCAAUUAAUUUUGUUUUCCUAAAUAUUUCUGCAAUGCUUUGAAAAGAUAUUUUGGCUAUUUAGUAUUUUUUGCCUUUAUCUACUAACUGAUAAACAGUAGAGAAGAAGCUAGGCAGGACAUAUGCCUGUCCACUAUACAUGUUUUGAAAAUGUGAGCACUCAUUGAAUAUUUGUAAUAGACACGGAAAAUAGCAUGAGAUUUUAAGAAAAAUGGUUUCGAAAAAAACAAUGGGAGGUGACAGGUUCCCUUAACAGUCAGAUUGCAAUUGAUUUAUAAAAAAAAAAGGUGCCAGAUCUUAGCAAAAUAUCAGUCCAGUCCUGUCUCUUGUCUAGAGAUACUGUCAUGCUUUAGAGUAGCCAAUCUAUUGCAUGAAGAAGAACCUGUACAAAUGAUAUGUCCUUCUGCUGUAUCGUCAGCAUUGAUCAGUGUCCAGUUUUGUCUGUAAGUUUCACUUACGCUUAUCGAUCAGUAAUUCAGCUUCUACUGUAUGUCCAAUGAUAUGUGCACAUGUAUGUACACUGUUUAAAGAAUAACUGAGCUUAUUAAGGCACAAUACCAGUACAUUAUCUGCAUACAACAGGUUUAACUAUUUUUUAUACAUUUUUGAAGAAUCUAUGUUGAUUUCUCUUUUGUAGCACCCUUUGUGGAACUCAAUAACAAGACUUUCUGAAAGGCUAACUAUCAUGAGAUUUCUUGUAGCUAAAUGCGUACCAGUCAAUAAAAAACAAAACAAACAAACAAAAAAAAACGUCGGACAUAUCCAAGGGACGUGUCAUAAGUUUUUAUCAGUCAGGACCAUUCACGAGAAUAAAUGCUUCCCUCCUCGCACUGUGUCUAUGAGACCAUGACGGCCCCAUAAUCUUACAUUACGAGUCUAUCCUGGUUAUGUAACACUGAGCCGGAAGAGAACACACUUCUCCCGGCUAGUUCUGAACACUAAACUCUCAAAUCCCAACCAAUAAAAAUUUUUGAUAUGUCUCUGCAAUUUAGCCAAAGUUUUUUUCAUGAGGAUGCCCAUUUAAUGUACUCAAAAUAGGGUGUUUAUGCUAUGGAUAUUUAUCACCUAUUUACAAUGAUAAGUGCCCAUAUUUUUGGGGGCCCCACAACAGAGACUUCUGCAAACACUAGUAUUGGGGCCCUGUUCCUCCUUCCUACAUGACUGGAGUUUGAAUGGAGGAAUAGUUCCUUAUGUCCCCUAAUGCUCCAGUGUAUAUGAGGUUGGUGGAAAGAGCCAAGUGCUAUACUCAGCUGUCUAUGUCAGUCCUAUUUACUUUAAAUGGAGAAGCACUGUAGAUGCUUAACUACUGAUCCAAAGAUCUCACUGCAGUCAUGCAAAGAGAAAAAACAGAGGGCUUUGGCCACUGAGAUCAGUGAGAGAGACAGUAGUUGACUCCCUCUAUCAGAAUUUUUUUUAACCUAUUUAUUUACCUAUGAUUGUGAUGUCACGCCCCCUCCCAUAGACUUGCAUUGAGGGGGCGGGGCGUGACGCCACGAUCUUCCGUCCCCGUGAUCAGGAGGAAUUAGCCUGGGAGCCUGCAGCGCUUCCGGAAGCAGUUACAGGUGGGUGCUGCUUGCUAUAUUGCGUGGGUCCCCAGCGGCGGCACCCCGGCGAUCUGACAUCUUAUCCCCUAUCCUUUGGAUAGGAGAUAAGAUGUCUAGGGGUUGAGUACCCCUUUAAUUCCCUAUUCAUAUUAAGAAUACAUGCAUGCUCGGGACAAACCAAUUAUUUAUCUAUAUGGGGAGGAUAGGAGAAAUAGUUCUCAGUUGAACCAGAGUUUGACAGAUAUAGCAGAUGUAUGGCCACCCUAAGGUUUUAACAGUGCGAUCCCAGAAUUAGGGAUCAUUUCCUAAAGCAUUCACGUGUACCUACAUAAGCUUUAGGUAUGUGUUCCCUGUCAGAGUACUACCUGAACCAGGUAUUCUCAUGUCAAAGGUGUCCAUAGCCUUUAGGCUACAGACAAUAUUACACAGUAAAAAACAGCUGCUCAAUCUAAUUAGAAGUAACCCAUUAUUUAUAUAAAUCUAACCAAUAGUUAUUUUGGUCAUUAAAGGGAAUAUGUCUGAUGGUUUGAUGGCACCAGGUAGGGGGUAAAAUGGCCACAGGAUGGGCCGCUUGUCUUAAGUGCAAGCAUUUCCAUCCCCUACAGCACACAGCACAGAGGUUGUUGCCAAUGAAACUCAGGAGGAGGCAACAGCAAAAGGUAAUGUAAAUGCUGGGCACUUGGGGCAAUCAGCCUUACCCUGUGGGCAUCUGUUGCUUAUUUGCAUAUAUGAAAAAUGCACAGUUCAAAAGUAGAAGUACACAAAUCUAAGGCAUGCCUGGGAAUGAGGCUUUUAACUCUUACCCAGCGCUGUGAUUAGUUACAAUAUGUAAAGCUAUUUGACAAAUUCCCUUUAAUAAUUACUUUCAUUGAAGUCCCUAGCAAAUAGUGACCUCAAAUUAUGAUAGAUCUAUAAAGCUUCUAUUUAAGAACAAAGUAUAGUCAAUAGUUCUUCUGUCACAUACACUACUCUGUUUAAAAGAUAUAACAGAAAAUGCUGCAGUUAAAAGGACUUUCUUAAUUCUUAGUAGGGAAAAUACAAGCAAUUUAUACUGACAUCUAGUGCUCAGCAAAGUUUGGAAAGCCCAUGUAGAAUGACUAGAGCUGUGGCUGCGCAUGUGCCGCCCUCUCUGUUCAUUCAAUGCCACAAUUUGAUGGUGUUCUUAGAGUUAGCAAGGGUAGUGUUACUACUGUGCUGCUUUUGACCUUCUGAUAAAUUUAUCAGCAGGAUCAUCUGCUCCAGACCACGCAAGAUUUUAUCACUUUGCUCAGAAAACAGCACAAUUUAAAUUAUGAAUGUUUUUUACCGCGGUCAGUGAUGCUUACGUAAAACUUUGGGAAUUCAAACGGCAGACAUGGAGGUCUUUCUGUACUUCCUAUUAGCUUUGUUAUGUUAAAAUCAUCCAGUCAUUCUGGAUUAGGACAUAUUUAUACAUGGUGGAUUCUACAAAAACAAUUUGCAACAUAAGUACACAAUAAAAUUGAAUUGAGGACUAGAAAACCUAAUUCAGAUGCUAGAGAAAAAAAAUUUCAGAUGAGAAAAACCUCUGUCUAAUAAAAGCCCUAUUUCUGCAAAUGGUUGUCAAGGAAAGAUAGACAUAUCCCUCUAUUAGCAAGGAGGGAGAAUACAAUGUAUUUUAUGGUUGCUCAUUUAUUGCUUAAAGGGGUUGUCCAGCAAAAGAAACAACCUGUGUAUUGUGUCAAAAAGUAUAAUUAAACAACUUACUAAUAUGAUGUUAUUAGCUAUACUUCAUAGAUCUCUCCAUAUCAGCUGAGCUGUCUGGCUUGUGGCUGUGUUGUGAUGUCACAUCACACUCUAUGAAUGCAAAGUUCCUGUCCAUCCUCCACCCUACCCUCUUGUCUUCUCAGGACCAGACGAGUGAUAUAAAGGAGGGAGCUCAUAUUACUGCUCAUCAGAUUUAGCCCUCAUAUGAUAAGGCAGCAGGAAUCCUUUUAUGAUGAGUAGUAAUAUGAGCUCCAUCUUCACAUCACUGGUCUCAUCCACAGCAUAAAUGAGGGGAGGGGGAGCAGAGCUCUCUGCAUUUACAGCCUGACACAUGAUGUAUAGGGGAGAGAACAGAGCUGAUAAUGGAGAGAUCUGUGUAGUAUGGUUAAUAACAUUAUAUUAGUAAGUUGCUUUAUUAUACUUUUUGACACCAUACACAGGCUGAUCCUUUCACUGGGCUACUCCUUUAAACUCCUAAUUUCUGUCAACAGAAAUACUCUGUGUAGAAUCCUUUUAAAGAGAACAUGUAGACCAAAGCAACACUUUAAUGAGACUGCAAUUCACUAAUUCACUUGCACCUAGUCACCUUAUUUGGGCAUGAGGUAUUUUGCCCUCAGGUCUCAAAAUAUCAAUCCCUAAUGUUCUUUGUAGCAAACAACAAGAGAAAAUUUUACUAUUAGCAAUGUAGCCACAUUAGUCAUUCCUCCCCCAUAGUCCUAUUCCCUAUUCACGUCUAGGAUUGGCCAUAUUAAUGUCCUGGCAACAUGGAGGCCUUAUAUGACCUUUUAUAAGUAUCAAGCCCUUCCGAUCUUAAUGUCAUUUGCUGCCCACUGUAGCACGACCACCUCCAGUAAGAUUAAGGCAUUACAGGUGCAUCUAUGAAGGUCAGUCACUAUAACAGCAGGAGCCCAGCUGAAUUUCCAAGCACAUAUUGUUUUCGAUCCUCAUUAGGGCCUCCGUACGGACCUGAUAACUAAUGCCUUGCAAUUAAAUUCAAUCCGGGGAAUAGAAAAUGUAACAAAGACCAUCACUUUUCACAGGUGCCUCAUAAAAUCUCUGUUAUUCAGCAAAAAAAGGCUACUUAAACAGCGUGUUUUUUCCCCCUUGUCAGCAAAAGAUAUAGAAAGGCAAAAAAACUGAUGCAGUGGUGGGUACAACAGAGGAAGCUGAGCGUUCUAAGAUCAGGCAUAAUUCCCUAUAACAAGUAGCCAGCUCAAGAAAUAAGCUAAGAGCUUUGUUUCCACCAAUUUCAUUCACUUAAAUAGAUCAGUCUUGUCAGAAUUGUACACGUUUUGUAGAGUUUACAAAGAGUUAUAAAUCUACAUACAUUGGAUAAAAAUCCUUUGGAUAAAUCUACAUACUUAAAUGUUUUUAUUUUAUUUAAUCCUAUUGCCCAAUAUAUGGAAUUUCCUCCUAAAAUCUAAUGAUCACCCAGAAAUGUAGGUCCUUAUUCUUUUAUGUGAAAUCUUAAAGGGGACGUCUUAUCACGAGAAUCUCUUUUUUAUACUAUACCCUGCCAAGUGAUCAGCUGUUCACUUUGUGUCCAGGUUCAGAGACCUUUUAAAACUCUGGCUCACCGUACAUAAAAACGGGAGGUGUCAAAGUGAGAGCCAUUGUUUGCAGUGGUACUGUGCAUUUGGUCCCAACUGGGGGACUCUCAAAUAUGAUGUCCAUAUACCCUUGAAAUUAUGUUGUUAUAUACCCUUCAUAUGUUGAAAGCUAUGUGACAACCAAGGACUACAGUUAUGGCUUCCAUUGGUGGCCACUUCUUUACCUUUAUCGGUAUACAGAAUAGUAAGAUUUUCACACAUUAUGAGAACUCAAGGACUAUAUUUACAAGAAAUGUGGUUCUUAAUAUAACUGGGCACAAAGAUUUACUAUUAAGUGAUAACAGUGCGGACAUGCCCUGCAUUACUAGAGACACCCUGCUGCCUUACAGAAUUGACAAUGUAUAAACCAUUUAAUAGAUAAGAAACACAGCUUUAAAGAAAAAGUGUUAUUGCUGCCAGAAACCCUACAAUGACAGUGCAGCGGCUCCAGGUAAGACUAGAGUACAAAGUUUAUUUUCAUAAAAUGCACCAGCAGUUUGUAAGAGGAGUAUAUAGGUCAAGUUGAACAAAAACAUAACUUUAGACAGCACAAGCAGUCCUGGCUGCCAAACAGACCACAACUGGUCUCACCCACUCCAUAGACCAGCGCCUUAACAGCAGGAAUAGCCACAAAGCAGCGCGAAUCUGCCUAGCUGAAUAAUCCCAUCAAUGAGGCCACAUGACAAUCCCGCUAUCAAACACAGUAUACAGAACUGUUCACAUAAAUCUACUAUAAGAGACUGCCUCUUCUUCUUACAGAAGUGCCCUCCUUUCUGGCUCACUGUUGAAUGUUUGUAACGCUUUAAUGCUCUGAAUGUGGUGUCACAUGAUUUGAUACCUGCUUUUCUUUGUAAAGCUUUGUGUAUGGCAAAAUAAAAAAGUUGAAAAAAAAAUGCAAAUAUUAUAUAAAUAUAUAUAUAUAUAUUGAAACUAAAGGCCAAGUAUGCGAUGGAUGUUUGUAAUACAGAACAUGAGAAAUCAGAUGUUUAUGAUAAAAAGGGAGACCUGCAUUUUCUACCUGUGCUCUGUAUUGUUUUAUAGACGUGGUCUUUACUGUCAAAUCCUAGUAUUUUUGUGGUUUUUAAUGCAGCAGGACUGAUGACUAUUAAAAAAAAUGCACGAUUCUUCUUUUUGUAAGAUACUCUUGGCAAUUUUUGAAAAAGAAGAUAAAAUGUGAGCACAUUUGGAUGGUUAGCUUGUAACGCAUGUAUUCUGGCAACCAGAGUUUAAUAAAUCCAAUUAAAACUAA